AUGGCCAAGUUCAUGUUCCUUCUCCUGAUGCUGGGGGCUUUUUCUCUUGUGUUCUUCCAAGUUCAAGCCACAGUGUGCAUGGUCUGCAAGUCUUUUAAAAGAGGACACUGUUUGGUAGGCAAGAGCAACUGCACUACACAAUACAGCCCUGGAUGCAGAACCAGGAAUUUCUACAUAUUCUCACAAACAGGCAGAUGGGUUCACAAUCACACCGAAUUGGACUGUUCUGAAGCAUGUUAUGCUGAAAACAUGUAUUUUGGAAACUUGAAGAUAUCUACCUUUUGCUGCAAAGGUGAAGAUUUCUGUAACAGAUAUCAUGGCCAAAUAGUGAAGAAGGACAUUUUCUAACUGCCAAUUCCUUUGGCUUCUGCACUGUUCACCCU